GGAGUUUGUUGAUGAAAAGGAAAGGGGGAAAAAGAGUAACUGACUCAGCAAGAAAAGGGCCAAAAUUAAUGCUUUGUCUUUUAAAUCCUUUAAUUUCGAAUUCGUUUUCCUUGGCAUCUCCUCCUCUUUAUUUUUUUCGUUGUCCUCUGAAAAUUCCUCUCUUUUAUCUUACUUUUCAAUAUCAUAUACAACUCUAGGUCAAACAUGUUUUCAUCUUUUCAAAGUUUGAUUUUGCCUAAAGAUCUUAAUUUCUGUUGUCUGAUUAAAAUUUUCAUCUGUUCGAGUUGAUGUUCAUGUUAUCCUCUUUGUAGAUUCCGGUUAUUGGCAAUUAAGAUUGAAGGGUACUUUUUUUCCUUGUUAAUUUGAGUGUUCUGUGUGUAAUUUAAGGGUGGUAAUUCUCCUUUUUUUAUAUAAGAAAAAAAUGUCUGUAUCUUUGUGAAUUAAUCGAGAGGAAAAAAAAAAGAGAUGCAUAUUGAAGAAUUGAAGGAAGGAGAGCAACAGGAUCAAGAUCAGAGUCAAUUUUGCUGGGAUAGCCUGGUUGUUUGGGAUGCAAAGAGGGUUUUGGUGGGAGCUGGAGCACGUGCUCUUUUUUAUCCAACCUUAUUGUACAAUGUUCUCAGGAAUAAGAUCCAGUCUGAAUUUAGGUGGUGGGAUCGAGUUGAUGAGUUUAUUUUGUUAGGUGCCGUGCCUUUCCCUGCCGAUGUUCCUCGGUUGAAGGAUCUUGGUGUCUCCGGAGUUGUGACCUUACCGACAUCGUUAUAUCAUGUGAGUUCUCUUAUGCUGUCAGCACCUAUACUGAUUCUGGCGCCUGCACAGCUGCAGGCUGUUCAAGAUUACUAUCUUCACAAGGUGAAAAAUAAUGGAAUGCCUGUAAACUCUUGCCGCGUAAUCAGAAAGAAAACCCCAACUGUACCAGAACAACAGGAUGCAGCAGCCUUUGAUGAUGACUCCAUAGUUGUGGUAGCAGAGUCGGACCUUGAUGGAUAUGACGCUAGCUUUGACACAGAUGUGCUUGAUGAAGAGAUGCCGGGCGAGGGAAGUCUUGCCGGCAGGUUGCAGUGCGCUAGUCACACAGCCAUGACAAAACUUUCAUGCCUAUGGCCACGUUGCCGUGCGGAUGAAAAGUCUUCUAGGAAGCUGUUGAGCAGUCUUGGUAUCGACAUUCGGGUUUAUUGAGUUGUCGGCAUCAUCAACUCGAUAUGUUAUGUCGAGUCUCUUUUGUGUAAACUUUUCAAGUUUUGUUUUUACAUGCAAUGUGCUUGUUUUUGUAUUAUUUUCAUUUUCGGUUUGGUUAUACGGAAAAUGGAGUAUAUA